UCAUUCAGUUUAACAAAGGCCUCAAGAUGAGUCAUUUAAUCAUAAGGUGCAUUUUAGCACUUUUCUUAUUUCAAGCCAUUUCGGCGUAUAGAAAAAUAUCAGAUGUUAUUAAUGAGAAACGAAGCAUAGGAUAUAAAGAAGGCACACUAGAAAAGAGAAGCGAUGAUGACUUUAACCUUUGGCUAUCGAGGGCAAAUGAAGAAGAAAGAGAAAGAGGUGGUAACCAUGAUGAUGUAAGAAAAAGAAGCGAUGACGACUUCAACCUGUGGUUAUCGAGAGCAAACGAGGAAGAAAGAGAAAGAGGAGGUAACCAUGAUGAUGUCAGAAAAAGAAGCGAUGAUGAUUUCAAUCUUUGGCUAUCGAGGGCCAACGAGGAAGAAAGAGAGAGGGGUGGUAACCAUGAUGAUGUAAGAAAAAGAAGCGACGACGACUUCAACCUGUGGCUAUCGAGAGCCAACGAGGAAGAAAGAGAGAGGGGUGGUAACCAUGAUGAUGUAAGAAAAAGAAGUGACGAUGAUUUCAACCUUUGGUUAUCCAGAGCCAACGAGGAAGAAAGAGAAAGAGGUGGUAACCAUGAUGAUGUAAGAAAAAGAAGCGAUGAUGACUUCAAUCUUUGGCUAUCGAGGGCCAACGAGGAAGAACGAGAAAGAGGUGGUAACCAUGAUGACGUAAGAAAAAGAAGUGAUGAUGAUUUUAACCUGUGGCUAUCCAGGGCCAACGAAGAAGAAAGAGAGAGAGGUGGUAACCAUGAUGAUGUAAGAAAAAGAAGUGACGAUGACUUCAACCUAUGGUUAUCGAGAGCAAAGGAGGAAGAAAGAGAAAGAGAUGGUAACCAUGAUGAGGUAAGAAAAAGAAGCGAUGAUGAUUUCAACCUUUGGCUAUCAAGAGCGAAAGAGGAAGAACGAGAGAGAGGUGGAAACCAUGAUGAAGUGCGAAAACGGGGAGUAAAGUCAGACUAUAUUGCUGAUAUGUAUUCUUCCUGAGCUAGAUUCCAAUUUUUAUAAAUGGGAGUAACAAAAUAUCUACAAAUACCUUUCAAAUAUAUUAGUUUUAUAUUAGUGUUUUUUAUUAAAGUAACGUAAUAUAUUUGAUUUAUUGAUACAA